AUGGAGCAUCUGCCAGAGCGCCACCAACAUGAGGAUGUACCUGGAACUAUCCUCCUCGUUGAUGUAGCCCACGAUAACAAUUUAUCUGGCCAACGGAAAGGAAUAGUUCUACAACCACAACCCAGCACAGAUCCAAAUGACCCCCUCAAUCGAUCGCAACGAUGGAAAAAUCUCAACAUCGGCAUGGUAUGUUUAUACACAUUUGCUAUUGGAAUAUGCACGGCUGCACAAUUCUCCAUCAUGACACAAAUAUCUGAAUCCCAAAAAGUCAGUCUUGCGGACCUCAAUUUGGGCACUGGGUUGAUGCAGCUGAUGCAAGGGUGGGCAAAUCUUUUAUGGCAGCCUAUUGCCAUGACCUACGGCCGCAGGUUGGUCUACCUUGUAACCAUUGUGUUCUCCAUUGGGCCAGUUCUAUGGGUGCCGCUGGCUCAUGGUGCCAGCCAGUGGUACGCACACCGCGUUCUUCUGGGACUAUUCUGCUCGUCCGUAGAGUCUCUACCAGAAUUGUCCGUCCAGGAUAUCUUCUUCGCCCAUGAACGAGGAAACUAUAUGGCCCUAUAUACUUUUGUCCUGUUCGGAUCAAACUUCAUUGCUCCCUUUCUCGCGGGGUUCAUAGCAGAUGGCUUGAACUGGAAAUGGGUUAUGUACCUUGCAACCAUCUUUUUGGGCAUAUGUGCACUGAUCCUAUUCUUUUUCAUGGAGGACUCUAUCUACUUCCGAAACACAGUCGAGAGCGGGGUCCAGCAAUAUGAGAUUAUCCCGGCGGAUGACAAUGGAGAGCAAGGAACUACUGCUACAGAGCGACUCGAGACUCGGGCAGCCACAACGCUAGGUGAGACUAUUAUGUCCACAGAUCUGAAACCUCGUCGGCGGAGACUGGCGUUGGUUACAAUGUUGCCAGGUCGUCCAACUCAUAAGCAAAUGGCAAUGAAGAGCUGGCAGUCGAUAAAAAUUCCUUUCUACUUUCCUAAUAUUCUCUGGGCCGGUCUCUUAUACGGAUCAAACUUAGCGCUUUAUAGCGUGAUUAAUGCGACAAUUUCGAGUAUUCUGGGAUCCACGCCCUACAACUUCCCUCCGACAAUGGUUGGUGUUGCUUAUCUAUCCCCUUUCGUCUUCGGUGGCGCUGCAUCCCUUUGGGCGGGAAAGAUUUCAGAUUCUCUCGCAAUCACACUGGCAAAGCGCAAUGGAGGUGUCCGGGAACCAGAGCAUAGGCUGUGGGGUCUUCUAUUGUCUGCACCUAUUGCUGCAGGAGGGCUGCUCAUGUGGGGAGUAGGGGCUAGUCAAGAGGCACAUUACAUGGUUUUGAUCAUCGGUAUCGGUGUCACCACCUUUGGAGUCGUUUGCGCAAGUGCGAUAUCUUUGGCAUACGCCGUCGAUUGUUUCAAAGAAAUGGCCGGUGAAUCCUUUGUUUCCAUCAAUAUCAUCCGGAAUACAAUAGGGUUCAGCUUCAGCUACGCCAUUACGCCGUGGAUCGAAGCAGUGGGUCUUCGAAACUGUUUUAUCUCGGUGUCAUUGAUUUCGUUCUUUUGUACAUAUACAUUCCUUGGUGUUGUUGUCUGGGGAAAGUCAUGGAGGAGGAUGUCUGCAGAUCGAUAUUGGCAAUUCGUUGCUACGGAGAGAGAGAUGGCUCACGCAUAG